GUUCAUGCAACGCAACAGGUCUGCGAUCCAGGCGAACGAAUGCGAUUUGAUCGUGCCGCUUUACAGAUGGAAUGUGGACGAUGAGAGCGCGCAAGAAACCGAUGGAAGAGUGAACGAUGACGAUCAAAUCGAACCGGACGACGAGAGUGAGGCGGAUUAUCAACCCUUUCGAGUUUCGGACGGCGACGAGCAGAAGGAAAAGGAUGUUCCGAAGAUCGACGUCGCUGCGGUUGUCGGCGACAAGCAAGAGAACAAGAACAAGGAGGAAGUCACGGACAAGAAGGAAGGCCAACUCAAGGACAAAGAAUCGACCCCGGUGAUCGACGACGACAAAGAGAAAGACGAAGAGGACGAUCUCGUCAUCAUCGAUGCCGCUGACCAAUCGCUCAAGGAAGACAAGAAGGCGGCCACCGACCAGGCUGAGCUUUCACUUGAAGGGAUAGAAGCGCAUACGAAGUUUUAUGAACAGUGGACCGCGGCAAUCUGCAAACAAAUCGACAAGCUCGACAAGAGUGUAGAAGGAGCGCAUGUCAAGCCGACGAAACAGCACGCCACCGCUGGGGAGGUAGACAGACCCCCUAUCACCAAGGCGAACCCUCAGAACAAUACCGAAGUAUCCCAUUUCAACCAAGUCACCAGCCUGCCUCCCCCCAGGCCUGCCGGUGAGAUCAACCUAGAAAUGUUCAAAUACAGCACCGACGUCUGGUACCGCGCCCACCGUGACAUCAUCGAGCUUCACAAGGAGCUGCUCGAUUGCGACCCCGAACACUACAUGAAGCAUUGUACUCUUCCCACGUUAUCGCUUCCUCCUCCUGUUCCUCUAGAUACGGCUGGGCUCAAACCGGGCUUGUUCAGCGAUAGCGAUGGAGUUUAGUCGAAGCGACUCUUACGUGGGCCGUAUGUUGUGCGCCGACAAUAUUGAUAUCCUUUCCUCAUACAAGACUACAUGUAGAACAGCAUCCCGACUCUCUGGCCUAGGUGGUUGUAUGUACACUAGUUCUUCGCCC